AUGGAAAACCUUGUAGAGACACAAACUGUCCAAAAUGAAGAGUUCAGCAAACAAAGUAUCCAUGUUAAUGAAGCCCUUAGACAGCUGACUACUAUGGUCGAGUCUCUAGCAACUCACAACAUGGCUUUGGAGACUCAAAUCUCCUUGCUUGAACAAAAACCUCUAGGACCCUUCCUUGAGGAGCAUAUGGAUGCAACCAGUAAUGAACAACAAAGUGAAAAUCCUAAGGAGAGUGAUGAUGAGUUUGAGGAGAGUGAUGAUAAGUUUGAGGAGAGAGAGGAUGAGUUCAAGGAGAGUUCCGGUGAGAAAAGAGUAGAGAUUGAGGAAAAUCCACUGACACCACCCACAAGGGAGAUUGUUAAAGAGGUAGAGAAAGAAGCACCUAUUGUUGUUCCUCCUCCCUAUACCUCACUCAUUCUUUUCCCGCAAAGUUUUGUGGAAGCUAAUGUAGACUCCCAAUCUAAAAUGUAUGUGUAG